AUGGACGGGUGGUCAGAUCUCUCAUCAGCACCUCCCGAGUACAAGAAUGUUUCCUGGCUAGCAGAUCGGGCUCUGUUGGCCCAAGGAGUGGGAUGGUCAAUCAACUACCUGGCCAUGAUAUACCAAUCGCACAAAGACCGCUCCUAUGGCAUGGCCAUCCUGCCACUGUGCUGCAACUUCGCGUGGGAAUUCGUCUACACCGUCAUCUACCCUUCUCAAAAUCCCUUCGAGAGAGGCGUCCUCACAACAUGGAUGGUCCUGAACGUCUACCUCAUGUACACUACCAUCAAAUUCGCUCCCAAUGAAUGGCAGCACGCCCCGCUCGUCCAACGGAGUCUUCCAGUGAUCUUUCCUGUGGCAAUUGCGGCUUUUACAGCGGGCCAUCUGGCAUUGGCUGCGACGGUCGGAGUGGCCAAGGCAGCCAACUGGGGCGCCUUUCUGUGCUUUGAACUUUUGACUGCCGGUGCAGUGUGCCAGCUCUUGAGUCGGGGAUCCAGCCGCGGGGGAUCGUAUAUAAUUUGGAUUUCGAGAUUUUUGGGCUCUUAUGUCGGUAGUAUCUUUAUGCAUGUACGAGAAACCCAUUGGCCGCAGGAGUUUAACUGGAUCAGUCACCCUUUCGUCGCCUGGCAUGGUAUAAUGUGUUUCUCGCUGGAUAUUUCUUAUGUGACAUUACUUUGGUACACUCGUCGGCAGGAGCACCAAGGCAAAUCGAAGAAAACUCCGUGA